AUGGUAAUAAUGAUGCGCUACGUGCUGUGUAUCCUCGCUCUCCUGCUCUCAUGUGCGUGUGUGCACGUCCUCGCUGAAGAAGUGCCUGCCGCCGAUCUUUCCGACCAAGUCCCUGAUACGGAGAGUGAGACAAAGAUUCUUCUUCAAGGUACUCCUGUUGCUAAGAAUUGCACUAAUGGUACUAAUCUUUCUGAAGAUACUCAGCAAUGUCCGGAAGAGGCCGAAGCUCCUCCUGUUACAGUACCUGAAGCACCAAAAGAAGUUGUUCCUGAGAAAGAAGUACCGCCUCCUCCUGCUAAAAAACCUGAAGUUCCUCCGGCUAAGGUACCUGAGGUUCCUAAAGCGUCUGUAGCUGAGGAAAGCAUUCAGGAUGCUCUUCAUCAAGAAAAAGUUUCUGUUCCAUCUGGUCCUCGUGAAGAGGAUGGUCGUCCAGGUCAAGAUGGUUCUGCUGGUGCUUCUGGUACUGCUUCUAAUCAAACACCUGCCAAAUCUACUGAACCUAGAACGGAUCUCACUGAGGCUGAUCCUGCACGUGAAGUUCAAACUGAAGGGGGCGGCAACAAUGCAGCAGAUGAAAGUGUUGCUACCCACGAAAAUAAAGCAGCACAAUCUUCUCCUUCUUCCAACAAUUCGGCCACAGGGAGUGACGGAGAAACUGCUGCUGGAAAUGAUGCUACAACGACUGAGAAUGGCAGUAAACCUGCAGAGAGUGAAUCAACAAAUACCCAAGAAGGUGCUACAGAUAAUACAGAUACCACCACCACCACCACCACCACAACAACAACAACAACAACAACAACAACAACAACACUUCCUCCUGAACUUACAAACAACAAGAAGGGUGAUGCAGACAGCAGCAGCAGUAUCAGCAGUUCUGUGUGGGUGCGUGUACCACUACUGAUUGUGGUUACACUGGCCUGUAUUCUUGUGUGCUGA